GUAGUGAUGGCCAACUCAAAAGCCUAUUUUUUCUCUGCUUUUCUUUUUUCAUUUUUCUUAUCUAUUCGUGUCUUUGCUCGUGAACUUUUCAAUGAAAAGAAAAUUCAAGCAUACAAUGUGGAGGAUAAUGAGUUAAAAGGGUCAAGAAGAAGCAGCAGCUGGCCGGUUGACUAUAAUCCUAAUCUCAAUGAUAUUCGAAUGAAAUUUCAAAAGGAUUAUAAUUAUCCUACCAACUAUGAUUCAGGUGGUGAUAUUCCUAUUCUUCCAAUUUUGGGUAUAGUUAUUCCAUUUCCUAAAAAACCUAAACAACCACCACAACAACAAGAACCAAAUCAAAAUCUAAAUUCAAAUCCAAAGGCUACUCCACCACGUUCUAAAGAAGAACCACGGUGGAUAGAUCCCACUGAUCCUCCUUACAGGGAUAAGGGAUCGUAUCCAUCCCAAUAUAGAGAUUCAAAGUAUACAUUAUUCUUUCCUUUAGUGCAACAAAAACUACCUGAAACUAAAAGCAGCUAUUACUACUAUACUCCUUUGUUUGGCUACCAUCAAAAUGAUUUGCAAUGGAAUCAUCAUGUGUCACCUAAAAUUCGAAAGGAUCACUACUUUACUAAUUUUCUUGGCUAACAACCCUCAGGUUUUGAAGAAAUGGGUAAGGCACACUACUUUCUAUACCUUGAUCUAAUUUAUCUUUUAAUAAGUGACAAUAAAGUCCUCAAUAUAUUUGGCUAUCGUGGGAGUUAACAAACUCGCAAAUUAUAAUGUUAUUUUUCAUGUUUACCAAUCAUUUCACCAGUCAAAAAAGUUAAUAGUUAUAGAAAAAAUAUAGGUAGAUAAUGAAAAUAUUAAACAAUGUGAAUAAUGGAUAUGUUAGAUGUUCAAUUCAAUAAAUAUGUAGAUGAUUAUGUUCAUUAUUUUUAAUUGGAUGGUUAUUUUUUUUUAUUCAAUUUACUCAUACACAGUUAACAAUAACCUGAAUGUUCAAUUCACUAAAUGUGCAUAUAGUUAUUCUAAUGUUAAAAUUUAG